UCAUACGUUCCUGCACACCGUCCCUGUGUAGAACCGGUUUUCAUUCAGUGCCGACUCUUCAUUAGUCUGCUUGGUAAGCUGUCAGAGCGAGGAUCGUCACGUUAUUACAGUCACUUGCCACUGUGCUCCGUGGAUACGCCACAAUGGACUACCUGCCAAUCGCUUUGUCGUUGGUGGCGGUGAUCGUUGCCUUCUAUUACUUUAUUACGAGGAAUCACAAUUUUUUCAAGAAGCAUGGCAUUGUGCACGUUCCGCCGACGCCGCUGUUUGGAAACAUGGGAUCGUUCGCUAGACGACAGAUCACCAUGCCGGAUUUUGUUGUCAAGAUUUAUCAAAUGGAUCCCAAAGCGAAAUACAUCGGUUUCUAUGAAUUUUUCACGCCGAUAAUAGUGCUGCGCGAUCUGGAUCUGAUCAAGGCCGUCACCAUAAAGAACGCCGAACAAUUUUCAGACCAUCGUCCGCAGCUGAACAAAAAAGUGGAUCCCAUGCUAGGAGGAAUGCUAUUCAUGAUGAACGGUGAACAAUGGAAAGAUCACAGAAACAUGCUGUCACCGACGUUCACCUCCAGCAAGAUAAAAACCAUGUUUAAACUGAUGUCGGAAUGCGCGAGCAGAUUCGCCGAGCAUUUGUCAAAUCUGCCGGAGGAGCAACGCGAAACGGAGAUGAAGGGUCUGUUGACGAAAUACACGAACGACGUGAUCGCCAGCUGCGUUUACAACGUGUCCAUCGAUUCUGUCAAGGAACCGAACAAUGUGUUCUACAUGUAUGGUAGAAUAUGCACGACACUGGCAACAUUCAAGAAGUCCCUGAUAAUUUUGGCACACAGAAACGCUCCGUGGUUAGUAGAGCUGCUACAACUCAAGAUCGUGGAUAGUCACAUUGCCAAAUUUUUCUACGACCAAGUGGCAGAGACGGUGGAGACCAGACAACGGACCGGCGAUCGCAGGUCGGACAUUUUGCAGCUGUUCAUGGACAAUAACAAGAAAAGAGAGCCGGGGAAAGAGAUGACUGUACAAGAUAUGGCGAAUCACGCGUUCAGCUUCUUCUUCGGCGGUUUCGACACUGUCUCGUCGCAAUCCUGCAUAGUAGCGCACCUGUUGGCCGAGAAUCCGGAUGUUCACAAAAGGCUGCAGCAGGAGAUUGACGAGACGUUGAAAAAUAACAACGGUGAGCUGACUUAUGACGCGGUACACGAGAUGAAGUACCUAGACGCGGUGAUCAACGAAACCUUACGACUUUAUCCGAUCGCUACGUUGAUAGAAAGGAUGUGCGUCAAAGAUUUUGAACUGCCGCCGGCGCGACCCGGCGACAAAUCGUUCACCGUCAAGGCAGGGAUGAGCAUCUGGAUUCCCGUGACUGGGAUCCACCAAGACCCGAAAUACUACGAGAAUCCUUUGAAAUUCGACCCGGAUAGAUUCUACGAAAACAAGACGGUCGCCAAUUCGAACGCGUUCCUGCCGUUCGGUCUUGGGCCGAGGAUGUGCAUCGGCAACCGAUUUGCGCUGACGGAAAUGAAAGUGUUGUUCUCUCACGUUCUUGCCAAAUGCAAUAUCAGGCUCGCGCCGAGAACAAUCACCCCGUUGCAGUUCGAGAAAGGCGUAUUUAGUGUCACCGGGAGAAACGGAUUCUGGCUGGCCAUCGAGCCGAGGAAAUGAUCUUAUUGUUUCUCCACCGUUUCUGCCAGCGCUGUUCCCUGCAAUUAAACGUGAAACGAAAAUAUUACCUAAAAGUAUUAUGCAUGUAGAUGUUUGAUGUUUGAUCGCAUAUACGACUUCAACACGGGCAUUUAAAAAUUAUUUUGCACAAUUUUGUUCUUUGUAUUGUCAAACCACUGAAGUUGUAACGCGCUUGAUCAAAAUCCGUUCAUUGGCGUAGAGCAAUUAUCGUAUAUUGCAAUUCAUUGAAAUUCAGAAAUUGUCGAUACGAUACGAACGGAUACUUCAAUGAAACGACCGUUUGAUUCGAGCGUGUCUCUAUUCGUAAAGUUCGACUCUCAACUUAUUGUUAGUAGAAAAAAAUUGGGAAAUCGCAUCUGUUUUCUGUG